AUGACAGUGCAUCCCACGAGCAUCACGUACAGCACCCUCCUCGCGUCUCGUCAGGCGACGAGCGUCCAGCCGGCCACCAGGCAGUCCGUGGAGGACACCCUGAACCUGGUGCAUUCGGUGGCGGUGACCACCGUGCGGUCCUCGAACAAUCUCAGACUGCUGGUGCGCGACUCGGCGUACUACAUGCUGCUCGAAACGCAUCCCGUCGUGUGGCCGCUGCCGCCGAACUUCGACGCGACCAAACUGGGGACCUACUACGGCGACACCGUGGACGGCUCGCGGGGAUUCUUCGGCCACUGGCACUCGAGCCGCCUGGGAAUCCAGCGCUCUUUCGGAAGAAGCAUUCACACCGCCGCUUCCGAGUUCUACAAGCUCGACCCGACGUCGCUGGCCAGCUACAGUCCGGCCUUCAAGGGGGUGUCCGUGGCGACGGCGGCCAUCCAGACGCCGCUAUACUACGGCGCCGGCACCGCGGCCAUGCGCUUUGGCGGCCUGGGGUUCACGUACGCGGCGCAGCUCGUGCGCAACAUGGACGCCCGAGCGCUCCAGGACGCGGCCGCCAUCGCCGAGUCACCAGUUGCCCUGGAGGCGGACCACGUGUUCCAGUCUUUCGAGUGCUCCGACGCGAAGGAGAAACAGGCGGCGUUUCCUCACUUGCCGGCGCUGGUCCUCGCUCACGCGGCGUACAAUAGGAGCUUGAACGGAAGCGCGGAAGACGCCCGGCUGAAAGGCUUGGAGAUGUUCACGUCGACGCAAGUCUUCUUCAUGACGGCGUGCCUCAGUCUAUGCGAGGAAGACGCCGCGGGACGCCACCGGUCGGACGACUGCAACGCGGCCGCGCGAAACUUCGCUCCCUUCGUCGAGGCCUUCGGCUGCUCUCCCGGUUCGCCGAUGAACCGGAGGGAGAAAUGCCGCCUAUUGAAGCCAAACUAG